AAAAAAAAAAACCCGUGAAUAUACAUUUUAGUUCGAUUCCAAUCAAAUAUCCUUCGACUCCUUGCGUGCGGAUUUGAUAUAUUUUUCGAAUAGGUACAAAAAUAAAAAAAGAAACUCAUUCAACCACCCACUUACCCAUUCCGUUUUUGAAAACAUCAUCGACAGGAAAACAAGGCCUAUUAAGGAUUUUUUUCUUUCUAUAUUGCUCUGAACGCAUGGGUGGCCCCUAAAGUGCCAAAAUACAAACAAGCAAAAAAAGGAUCAAAAAAAGCUCAUAUAUACACGGUACGGCGAAAUAACGGUAUCUGCGUGUAUACAAACAGAAGAAAAUAUCGAUGAACGGUUGAUAAAUGAUUCGAUUGUGCUACUGACAGCUGUGAUUUUUUCGGGUUUUCGCAGUUCACAGUGUUAUGUUAUUAACAACAAAAUGUUUUAGCUUCUUCUUCGAUAUUAUAGUCAAGCUCAAGUCGUGCCAAAACCCUUGCGUUUAAAUUGUUUUUGGUCCUACGGAAUUCGGGAUUUUUUUGGAAUACGGGGAUCUAUCGGAGCUUUUAUGUGCCUUCGAAUUUAAGUGUGUAACAACAGCCACCUUUCUUUCCACAUGUGCUAUAAAUUUAAUUAAAGCCUAUAAGGAUAAUCGCUAACGCCUUCUGUUUGCGUGACACAAUCGACUUGGAGAAGCUACAACAACAACAACGGCAGCAGCAGAGAAUCCUGGCGGCGGCGGGUGAUAUCCUGUCAGAUAAGAAAACAGCAGCACCAGCAGGAGCUACUACAUCUACUAUACCAAAACAAAUUUCCUCGAAAGACGGCCUCAGAUAACGGCUUCAAAACGUUGUCGGAUUUACUUAAAAAUUUGCAAUCCUUAUGGAUAACGAGCUGGUGUAGCUCAGAUCUACACAAGAGAAAACGUUUACCUAAGGAUAACUUGAAAAAGAGGAAACAAGGCGAUUUGUUCUUUGGCAGGAGCACAGGCCUGGAAACAUUAGAGACAAAAUUCAUCAACAGCUACAGCUCCCUGGAUAACAUGGACGACAUGGUAUUCCAGAAUAAUAAUAAAAACGCCAUUUAUGUACUUAAUACCAGCUAUAACACAUACGGGGAAUUUGGUCGUCCCAAUGCCUUCGGUUAUCCCCAAGCCGCCACCACCAACAACAACAACAACUCCUCGGAUGAUAUAUACAACAACUCUAAGAAUUGUUCACUCUCGAGAAGCCUACAUAAAUUGAAAAGUUUACGACACCAUUCCAGCGAAAUGAUUCCGGGCGGCGGCUGCGGAGGUGCGUCAAGUGCCGCUGAGAGUAGUAAUUCAUCAUCAAUGACAUCCUGUUCGCCUGCUGCGGCUGCUUUACAAAAGCUAUUCAACUGCAGCAGCAGUACGGCCCACAGCUGCAAGAGUAUUAAUUAUAGAAACAACACACUAAACAACAGCAACUGCCACUCCUCGAAUAGCCAUAUAAGUCCUGACUUGAGCCAUCAUCAGCAUCAUCACGGUGGCACCACCAAUGAUCCCCAGCAUCAGCAUUAUGCUCAAAAGGAAACGGGGAAGCAGUCCAAUCACCAUCACCCGCAGCAACUAGAAUACCAUCAUCUGAUGGAGAACCAAAUGUCACUAUCGUUACGUGGCAAUAACAACAGUACUUCCGGGCACGGUAGUGGUGGUGGCAAUGGCUGUGGUAGUGGAGGGAGCACAAGUUGCGUACUUCCUUGCGUAGGUGGCGUAGGUGGCGGCAACAAGAAGAAACAUUUCAAUUCGUCUAACUCGGUUAAAUCAGCGCUAAUUGCCAAGAAGACAAAGUUUUGGAAAUACUUAGUCGAGGAAGAGAAAUGGCGGAAGCAUAGUGAUGAGAAUUUAUCAACUACCAACAACUGUGAACGCGGUGGCGCUGGAGACCGAGAAAGAUUUAUUGGAAAGCUUUCACCUACCAGCAAAGCAAACACAAACGAUAACCACACCUCGGAUGCUGCACAAAAUGAUGGAAGAAUUACCCAAGCUAUUAAUAACCAUUCUGGCAAAAGUAAUUUCGGUAGCUGCAAUGGAGGCGGCAGUGGUAGCAACCUAAAUAAUAGUAAUUGGAGUGGAAACAGCGAUACAAAUAAAAACAACAACAACAUUAAUCAAAAAUCAAGCGCCGAACUGUAUAAGGAAGCAGCCCAACUCCUAGGACUUUCCUGUACUCUAUGUGAUAACUGCCGAUGCCUCGAUUGUCAAAGUCGUUACUUCGAAUGCGAUGACUCUGACAGCUAUUCGGAAUUUUCUUUUAUGGACGAAUACUUCGAAACCCUACCAACGGAAGUCGAUAGAAAUUUCCAUCAUCGUUCAUCGCCAAGUUUUCAUCAGCAGCAGGACCACCCCCAACAACACCAACAACACUCCCAAGACGACGAAAUCACUAGUAUUAGCGAAGAUCAGCAGCCAACGAGUGGCGAUUUCGAAAACAACGUACUUGACCACUGUGAAUCCCUUAACGAUUUAACUCUCGAGGAGAACUGUAUUGAGAACGAGGACUAAUUACAGUGUGCUUUCAUGCCAGGAGCAAAACAACACGAAUAAAAAAAAUAAACUUAAAAAAAAAAAACAAACUACUCCAAGGACUCACUCUCUCUUUCUCUUUCUCUCUCGCUCUCUUCAUCUCAGCCAAGGUAAGUAAUUUUAUUUGACGUAUUCAGUGCUGUUGGCUUGGCUCUAAGCCAAAACUACUUUUAACUGUUUUAAGUGCUGGCUGACCGCAAAAGCUUGCCACACGGUCCAACAAAUUCACUCAGCGGAUGUUACGCUGCAUAA